UUUUCGCUUAUCUAAUGCAAGUAAUAGGUAUGACCCUUAUGGGUGUCUGUAUUUCGUAACGCACAUGUUAUCAUUGAUAUGUCGAUCGGUAUAAUUUCCUACGGAUUUUGAGUUGAACAUUUUUUCGGUAGCACUUUGAUUUUCAAUAUAAAACGUUUGCAAUGAACCGAACCUCUUACAGUGCAGACCAAUCGUCGACAUGAACAGAAAGGUAAUUUUACUCGCCAUUAUAAGCUGCAUCAAUGCAGAUCAUCUGAACAGGAAUCUACUGCCACCUGACCUACCUCCUGCCAAUGUAGCCAAUAUAUACCAUGAAUCGGGUAUAACGUUCGUAUCGCCAACCACCCAUUUAGAAAUUGCAUCGUCGCUACUUUCACCAAGGCUUCCAGUUACACACGCAUUCGGAUUUGUAUCGCGUAAACCAAAUGGACCGCAGGAACUUGUACGGACGCAUUCAUCUCAGUUGAUAACACACGGUUUACAUUCACCCGUGUCAGCCCUUAGCUCAACAAACGGAAUCCAAUCCAAUUUUAACGGUCAAAUCACGUCGCACCGAAAUGAAGUUCGAAAUGAUGGUCAUUCACCACAAAUUUCACUUGAUGCACAUGUUACCGUACAAUCACCUCCAUCAGAUGUAGUGCACGCACGUUUUGUGGAGAACGAACAUCAUGCAGUGCAUGAAAUUAAUUCUCGGACACAACAUUUCGAAUAUAAAGUUCCAUUUCCUCGAACCGUUCCGCAGCAUCGACACAACGAGCACCAUGAGCACAAUUUCGAUUAUCGUAAUGAAUUCGAUCGACAAAAACCGAUAGUCAAGCAUUCAGCAUACGGAGUGCCGUCCGACCUAUCAUCGCAAAUACCAUCAGAGGCACCAACUUUUAUACCGUCGCAUGUUUCAUCCAGUGCACCAUCGCAAAUACCGUCAGACGCACCAACCUUUAUACCGUCGCAUGUUCCAUCCAGUGCACCAUCGCAAAUACCGUCAGACGCACCAACCUUUAUGCCGUCGCAUGUUCCAUCCAGUGCACCAUCGCAAAUACCAUUAGAGACACCAACCUUUUUACCGCCGCAAGUUUCAUCCAGUGCACCAUCGCAAAUACCAUCUCAGGUUCCAUCGGAGACACCAACGUUUAUACCAUCCAAUACACCAUCGCGAGACGAGUUCCACGAACCGACGUUUAUACCAACGCAGCAAGAAAUCGAUGCGUUGCCAGUAUUUCAAAAUGAUAAAUUUUUGUCACCAUUUGCUCGCCGUACCAAGACACCAAUAACACAUUCGAACAUCGAACCAUCUCCACAAACCAUAGACAGUAUCUUCGAUGUACCGUUUCAGCCAACAGCGCGAACUAGAGUAAAUACGUUCGAACCAUCAGUUCACUCUACGAAUACUCCGACGACACGAACCAACGAAAAUAUUAUCGGCGGCAACCACCAGUAUGCAAACCGUUUUUCGUUGUCCGAUGGAACGAAGGUGUCCGAACAAGGUAAGUUAAUCUCUCCACAAGCGGGUUGGGAAAAUGUCAUUGCUAAAACUGGAGAAUAUGAGUAUGUGUCACCUGAAGGCAUACCAGUUAAAGUGAAAUGGAUAGCUGAUCAUGAGGGUUUCCGUGUACUUAAUUAGAACAAAAAGAAAAUCCUCAGCAAUCGCCUUAAACGUUUCGUGAAUUUGUUUAAUUAGUUUUCUUUCUAUUUAAGAUUGUUGUAUAAACAUCAACACCUCCUCCAUGUUACAUGUAUAAGAAUUUUAUUUUAAGACACUGCGAAAUAAAUCAGAUUUAAAAUUGGAAAUUAAAAUUCUUUG